CUAAACACAUUUUGUUAAACAGAAGGGUGCAGUUCUUACUUAUCGACGCCAGAUGGCGGUGUUGCAAAGCGAAAUCUGCAGAGCGGCUUUUCCAGCCCGUCUUUUCCGCAUUGCUGCAGCAUCACCUGUCAAAACGCGGUGAACAUGGCCUCGGCUGUCCUCGGUCGCCUGCUCAGGCUUUCAGCCGUCAGAAACGGCCCCCUCUCACCGCCGAGCCCCUCCACCGUGCCGGGGCGGACCGUGACGCCGAGCCGGACGGCCGUGUGCACGUCGAGCGGCGCCCUUCUGCCCAAACCCAAGAAGACCCCCUUCGGCCUUAUCCGGAUCGCUCUGGUAGUGGUUCCCUUCUUGUAUGUGGGAACUCAGAUCAGCAAGAGCUUUGCGGCGCUGCUGGAGGAGCACGACAUAUUCGUCCCGGAGGACGACGACGACGAUGACUGAGGGCUGAUCAGAUAAUUGAUGUUUUAUUGCUACCAAGUGUCAGUGAUCACCAACGUAGAGAAAUGCCUUCCUGGAGGUCCUGUUGCCGUGACCUUCAAUCACCUCCGCCUGCACUCGUUUCAGGGAUUUUGCUCCUAUUUGACGUACACGAGACUGCCGCUACAUUUUCCUAUCGUACUGUAUUUGCAUGCACUACAAGAGUCUUAAUAAAAAGAGAAAUCUAGCAAAACUCAAUUGGUUUUAGUGCCUAGAGAUAUUGUGAUGUCCAGACUGUUUAGCGCAAAAGUAAGGUCUAAUCAUUCUUGGGAUAUUGCUUUACAUGAUGCCACUCUUCAGUAAUGUCCAGUACUGACGUGUUCAAAAUUUAUUUGUUAGUAAGACCGUGUUUACAGCUAGAUCAUAAAACCUACUGUGAUUAAUAGAUUCUUUAUGAACGCCAGCUGUUGUACUUCACCUCCAAAGUCCUUUGAGAGUUGAUGAAAAAUGGAAUCAAACAUUUUAACUCCAGGUAGUUCCACUGGUUUUCUAAUUAACGUACUGUGACAACCUUUUCAAUAAAACUAUUUCUGUUGAC